UAAGCUAGUUUAUGAAAAACGCAUUUGGUGUGAUCGGACUUUAUCCAACCAAGCCCCGACAGUCGGGCCUUCGUAACCGAAACGACCAAGACAAGACGAAUUUAUAUCUGAAAAGAGGGUGAGCGACGAUGAAAGCAGAGGGGUAACAAGUCGCCUGUACCCGGGCAACAUGCCUUGUGUACUUCUUCGUCUUAGCAAAUGAAUUGGCGGUUGCUGUGGAAAACGAAAGGUAUAAUAACAAAAAAGUAUUAGCAAAAUCGCUCCGUAAACGUGGGGAAGUACUCUCCAAACAUUUCAACCUUACCUUACCUAUAGCCUUCAGAAAGCUGUUGUGUGGAGAGACGCAGGCCAGAUAUAAAUCCUGAAUUUCCUAGACCCAGAUCUUAAGCAUAGAACCAGCGCUUAUUACACAACGUAACUCAGAUUUUUGGAUUAUGAAACUUUUUCUCGAGAACGAAUUGAUCUAGUAAAACUGAGUAUGAGCCAUUGUUCAUAUGGAGAACAGCUAUCAAACCUGAUAUAUGCGCUCGCUAUGGUUUUUACAAAUUAAUUUUUGUUCCACACUGUUAUUUUUAAAGUAUUUUUUCAAAUACGGCGAAUAGAAGUACUGCAUAUACCGAUAUUUUGCAAUUCUAAAAAAUGAAUAUAUGUAAUCGAUAUUUAUCGAUAUCCAAAGUGUACAUCACUUGCAGAGAAUAUAGAAAUGUCAUGCCAAAACGGAAAUAGAGAAAGUUGACAAGAAAGAAACGGAAGGAUUAUUAAAACGAAGUGGUGAAAGGAGUGGCGGAGAAGAACUAAAAAAAUUUACUUUUUUACGAAAUUAGAUUAGAAAAAUCUAUAGUUAUGUAUUCAUAGAAAUUGUAUUUUAUAGUAUGCACAUGAAGGUACCGGUGCCGUGCAAAAAUUAACAGGUCGCCUAUUAAACAUUUACUGGAAUUUAUAAAAAUUUGUGAAGCAAAGCAGGAAUUCGCAAAUCGAGAUAAGAACAUAAUUUUGAACUGUGACGGCACAGCAACAGCCACCUCAUACAGCAACAGUUGCUGCUGCUGCAGCAAUUUGCAUGGCUUUUGGAAGAUACAAGCGUUUUAUCUAAGAAUUAUUCAUUAUAUUACGGGUGGAGGCUAUUAGGUGCUAUAUUGCCAGUUUUGCAAACAUGACUUCAGCUGUGGAUAUACAAAUUGUUUCGGCACCAAACUUGGAUAAAAUUGAAAAUUUUUUCAAAGAUGUUUCUUAUCGCGAGACGAUUGAGUUCAGUGCUAACUUCAAUACACGUUUAUGCUUGGAACGCCGGCUACGAUUACCUUUUUUCGAUCCUCAAACACGAGUUGCUCAAAAUCACUCCCAUCUCUUCAUGGACAAACGGCAACGAAUGCCGGGGUUCCGGCAAGGACAGAUCUACACAUAUCCGUCAACACGGUGGCGUAAAAGCCGGCGCCAGUAUCUAAAUAAAAUGUACCGUUUCCCUGAUCGGCCAUUUCAAUCUUUGCGUAAAGAACAAGAAUCGAGCGUGGUCACUGGAAACGCUGGCACAGCAUCUCCUUUAAUCGGCUCUAGCAUUGGGUCGAUGUUUGAUUCCGAUUUGAAUGGGACGCUGCUCGAUGAAUCGCUAUCCUUGGGCGCUGCUGGCGGCGACACAUCUGACAGUAAAGACAGUCAGCAAUUAAUAGUGCAGCAGCAACAACAGCCACCCCUACCAGUCAAGGACGACAUGUCGAAAGAAUGGUUCUAUGAUGACAUUGAAAUGAAUGAACUAGAUGCCUUGGAAGAUCCCAAAUCACCUGGCGAUGAUGAAUUAGACUAUGAUCCGCGCUAUGGCACCAAAAAGCGACGAAAGCGUCGUCCAAAUAAACGUGACGCAACUACGCCCAGCGAAGGAGGUGGUGGCGGUGGUGGACGACGACGUACCGGCGGUCAGCGCGGUCGAAAAUCAGCGAGCUCCUCCACAGCUGCUACCUCUGAUAUAUCGCAUUCGACUGUGGAUACGAAUGAUGGUAACAGCAGAGGCUUAACAAGUGAACUAACGGCAACACCGACAUCAGGUACGACUAGUACUGGUCGGCGACCGCGUGGCACAGGUGGCACGCGUGGACGUCGUCGAACAAAAGGGAAAAAUGCAAAUGUCUGUGAUCCACCCAGUCCAGGUUUGAAUAGUGAACCGCCAUCUUUUGAGAGCGCUGCUGCGGCUGUUGGUGUAUUGGGCGAUUUGACAGGAGUUGGUUUGAGUGACGAGCAGGUGGACUUAAGGAAUUAUCGCAAGUUCCUGUAACAAAGUGGUGGGAUUAAAAGCUGUAUGGUCCUGUAUAGUAAUUUAAGCAAUCGCAUUUUAGAACACAAAAACAAGAAUGCAGUUAAUCGGUUGUUGGAUAUCUAAUUGUUGAAAAGUCAUUUACCUACAUAUGUUUUUCUUUACGUUGCACAGCAACAGCAUCUUGCACGCUUUUGUAUAUCGUUUGCUAAUAGUAUGUAAAUUAAAAUUAAGAUUUCACUAUAGAUGGGACAAACUUUAGCUUUCUUUGCCAAGCCACAAUCUAAUUGAAUUAGACAUACCUUAUAAAUGGAUUUGUUGCACCAAUAAAAAAAUGAAGCAAUUUUUUUUAAGGUUUAUAUUGAGAAUCGUUUAACGCAUAUGAUAUAUACUGAUGCUUAGUUACUUACGUAUUUAUUGAAUUAAACGAAAUGAAAUUAUACCUUUUGUUAUAACUAAUAAAAUUUGGUUUGGAACAUGUAACUAAUAUAAUAAUAAUGGGUUAUUUUCGCAGCUUUACGCAUGUCUUUGUUAUUGUUGCAAAACCAAUAGUAGAUUUACAUAGAAAUUUGUUAUUAUUUUUUAAUAUGUUAUUCAAAACAAUAGCAAUGUUAAUUAGAAAAAUAAAAACAAUGUUACCACUUGUUUCUGUAAACUAUUUUUAUGUUUAAAAAAUAUUGCAUUAGAUACCUGCAAAUAACGAUGGAUAGUUAAAUAACUUUAUUUACGAUACAUAAUUUGUAUGUGUGUAUGCCCGUAUGUACUGAUAUGAAUUCGGUUUCUAUUAAAUAUUAUGCAGAUGUGCAAAUAAUUGCAUGUGUACGCAAAUAUGUACUAUGUAAUUAUUAAACUUUAUAUAUUUUACUUGCGUGUAUAUCUGGGUAUACAUACAUCGAUAUGUGCACAUGAACUGCUUGCAUACUUCAUUGUUAUAUAAUUUAUACAUGCGUACAUGGCUAAAUGUAGGCAAUUUACGUGAAAUUAAAGAAUAUAUUAGUCUAAUGUGUAGAAUAAUUAACUGAAAUCAUUAAAUGGUGACAUAUGAAUGUACAUACAUAAACACAUUUCAAACUUAUUCUUGUAAAAUCUGCAAAGCGGCAAAAAUCACGAAUAAGAUAUUAACAUAUUUGAAGAUAAUAGAUAUUUACUAAUAGAACUUUUACGAACUUUAUGCUCCGGAAGCAAGUUUUGAAUAUAUUGUACUGCUAUGUAUAUACAUAUGCACAUAUGUAUGUAUGUAUGUAUGUAGAAUGUUUCAGAAUUAAAUUUAGUUAGUCCCUGAUUUUUUAUAUGAGGCAUUGUAAUGCAUGUUAAAUGAAUUUUCACUUAUAAUAUUUAUGAGAACAGCUUAGCAAUGAUACUUUUUUUACACUCACUUGCAACUACAUAUCGCACAUUUGCUGCAAUA